ACAAAAGAUCUUCCACGCCACGCCUUCUGCACCCGUGUCGUGACCAUUCUUUCUCGGUUUGCCCCUGAUUUUGUGUUUCGUCCCAUCAUUGAUUUCCCGGCAUCUUUGUCGGUUACUUAAGUAUUUGUUUUCUUUUCUUCUACCUAUUUCUUUAGUUUUUGUUUGCUUUCCGUGAUCUUCACGCCCUCCUUCGCUUAUUCCGUCGCUCCUUCAGACCAGCGCAGUUCGCCCCAUAUCCUGGGCCGUCUGCUUCUUAUCGAAAUACUCAUGGUUAGACUCAACGCUCUAGCUGCGGGUGUGAUACCCUUCAGCCUAGCCGCCGCCGCCACCGUACCAGCCAGACGGCAAUCCUCUUCCAAUGCUUGCGCGCAACUCGCGGCCGCGUAUGAGGAGGCCGGCAGCUCUACUGGCACCUUUCCCAUUGUGAAGCCGUCGGUGGCGUACGAAUGCUUAAACUCGGUCCCCCUGGACGUCGAGCGCGACCAACAGCUCAUCGAGUAUUUUAUCCCAUGGCUCGAGUUUCAAAGCACGAUCGGCAUCCUGGCCGACCCUCCUCCAGGAUACAUGUUCCCCGGUGUCGACGUCUUGGGUGGGCUGCGUAACAUGUCGUCGAUGCUCGAGAACGGCAACUACGACAACCAGUACGAGUUCAUUACCGACCUAUACCGUCUCAUCAAUGUUAAACCUCGCGAGGGCCACCUCGGCUACACGCCCGCUCUUACCGUCCUGGCGGAAUUCUCCACCCCGGCCCGGUUCAUCUCCAUUUCCGAGGACGGCACCAGCCUCCCUGAGGUCUACCUACUAUCCGACUACCUGGAGAGCGAGCGGAGAGGAUACACGCCGUCCAGUGUCGAGUCAUUUGACGGCACGCCUAUCACGGACUGGCUCCAGCAGCGGGCCGUGGAUAACGACAGGUGCCAGGACCCCGACGCGUCGUAUAACUCGCAGGUCUGGAGCGCCGCUCUGGACAACAUCGGCGUCACUCUCUCCUCCAACGUUUUCUUCCACGGGGUCCUGCCAGACGAGAGCGUCAUCGCAUUCACCAACGGGACCGAUAUCACCGUCGAAAAUCAGGCCUUCCUCAUCGGCGACUUCACCGGCAUCGAAUCGGGCCGAGACGUGCACAACGUGUUCGAGGUGCCCGACUUCGAUUCCCGCUCCGAAAUGGGAUAUGCCGACCCCAGGCCCCGCCGAAUUCUCGACCUCGAAGGCUACCCGGAGCCCUUCAUUCGCCACAGCCAGGACUACCUGACCGGUUACGCAUUCGAGCGUAGCAACCUCGACGACACGGCCGUCCUCGCCGUAAAAAGCUUCUUGUCGCCGAUGUACGAACAGACGACCGAGGAGGACAUGAUCGAGUUCGAGGAGGUCUGCAUACGGUUCACCCGGGCCGCCAAGAGGCGCGGCGCGAACCGUCUCGUCAUCGAUUUCCAGGGCAACGGCGGCGGCGCUCUCGGCAACCUGCUGUCCAUGUACUUGUCCAUCUUCCCGAACGCGACCGUCAACCUUCCCCUGCGGGCCCGGGCCAACCCGGUGCUCGAAUGGAUGGGCAGGACGGCGGAGGAGCUUGGCGAGGACAUGAUCUCGACCUUUGACAUCAACUACGCCGUGGAUGAGGAUCUCGGAUCCUUCCGCAACUGGGACGAUUUUUACGAGCUGGAGACCAUCCUGGGCGACCAGUUUACCGACGUGUACCAGCCGAACAUCCUGGCCGUGCUCGAGCGCGUCUUCCGGACAGAUGACUUGAUCGACUGGUUCACGCCGGAGGACACGGUCAUCGUCACCGACGGGUUCUGCGCGUCGGCGUGCGCGCUGGCCGUGGGCCUGAUGUCGCGCCUGCUCGGCGUGCAGGUGAUCGCCAUGGGCGGCCGCCCCAUCGAGGCGCCCAUGCAGGCCAUCGGCGGCACCAAGGGCGGCCCGGUCAUCGACAUAACCGAGCCGGUGAACGUGUUCAACACGCUGAGCAGGAGGAGGGACCCGCCCGCGGACCUGGACGUCACCCCGUUCGAGAUGGUGUACCCUCCCCUGGCCGGGCCGGGCGUCAUCCCGGGCGUGAUCAACUCGGCCAACGUGCACCUGCCCGAGGACGACGCCGGCACGCCGCUGCAGUUCGUGUACGAGGCGGCCAACUGCAAGCUGUUCUACACGUGGGAGACGCUCACCAACAUGACGGCGCUCUGGGCGGCCGCGGCGGACGUCAAGUGGCACGGCGCGCCCUGCGUGAGGGGGUCGACCACCAACGAUGACAAUACCAUGGGCGACAGCGUCCUCCCGUUCUCCCAGGACGUGGUCUCCCAGUUUACUUGGACGCCAGGUCCCGGUGACGUCUCGGAUAGGCCGCCCACCGGUUCACCCGACGGGAGCGGUGGCAGUGGGAAUGGCAAUGGCAAUGGGAACGGGAACGGGAACGGGAACGGAAAUGGAGACGAUGACAGUGCUGCUUCUAGGGUAGGCGGAGUCGUGUUCGCUGUUGUGAUGAGCGUGUUUACGGCUGUUUUCUUGGUAUAGUCGUAUAGAACGACGCGACUUGGCGUCCUUUUCCUAGUUGUCAUAAUCUCGUGUCCUAUUUACAUAAUCUUUGAUUGAUUAAUGACAUUCCCAUGGAGACGGAGCAGCGCACCCCUCGAUUUUGUACGAAGAC